CAGUGUACAUUCGGCCGUCGUUUGAGACGGUAAGAGAAACGAAUGACUUGAAUAGGAUUGUUGUCAUUUCUCUGCAAUAUAUCUUUAUUUUUAUCCUUAAUUUUUUGCUUAUCUUUUCAAGUUCAAGAUAUAAUUAAUAUUAAAUUUAAAAAAUUCAAAAGGAGAUUUUAAAAAUAUCUUAGCACCUUUUAAAGGUGGCAUUUUGAAACGCAUUACAUCGACGACUGAUGUGAAUUAUUUCAAUAAUAAUGGAUUGGUUAUGUUUAUGCAGCUUUCUUCUUUUGGGAAUAGUAAACAAUGCAUUAGCUGAAUCGUAUUAUGCUGUUAUCGCACCAAGGAUACUACGUCCUGAUUCUGAAUACCAUGUUACAGUAAGCACUGUAGGUGUUUCAACACCUUCAAGUGUGUAUAUAGAAUUGUUUGGAAAUCUUGACAAUGGGGAUCGUUUUAACAUUUCCCAAACUGUUACAGUAGAACCAUAUUCUACAAGAAUUGUGAAAUUAGAGGUUGGAGAUACUUUUCCAGGACGUUAUACACUUUUCGCACGUGGUCUAUCUGGCAUAAAAUUUGCUAAUUCGACAGACAUACAAUAUGUUCAUAAGAGUUAUUCUGUUUUCAUACAAACAGAUCGGGCAAUAUAUAAGCCUGGUAAUAAAGUCAUGUUCCGUUGUCUUAUAUUAGAUUCCAGAUUAAGACCAAGUCUUACACGUCAAGUAGAUAUUUAUAUCACAGAUGGAGGUGGUAAUCGUAUUAAACAAUGGCAACGACCACAAAUAACACAUGGGAUCUUUAGUAAUGAACUUGAAUUAUCUAUGUCUCCAGUCUUAGGUACUUGGAAGAUUACAGUUAAUAUCAAUGAUCAAAUGUUUGAAAAAGAAUUUGAAGUUGCUGAGUAUGUACUUCCUAAAUUUGAAGUGACUAUAGAUGCACCCAAACAUUCAACUUUUAAAGAAUCAAAAAUUACUGCUACAGUUCGUGCAAAAUAUACUUAUGGAAAACCUGUCAAAGGAGAAGCUACUAUAACUGCUUAUCCAAAUAUUUUUUCGGGAGUUAUUCAACCAAUUUUCCAACAACCCGUAAGAAAAGUUAUGCCUAUUGAUGGAAAAGUUACUGUAGAUUUUGAUAUUGUUACAGAGCUCAGGCUUGUAGAUGAGAAUGAAAGGCCUAUCAGAAUCGAAGCUACAGUUGAAGAAGAAUUAACAGGUAGAAGGCAAAAUGUUUCAUUUGAGAUAACAUUGCAUAAACAUAAAUAUACUAUGGAGUUAAUAAAAACAUCUGAAUAUUAUAAACCAGGAUUAAAAUAUACAGCAUUUAUUAAAUUGGCCUAUCAUGAUGGUGCCCCUGUUCAAGAUAAAAAAAAUCCUGUUCUAAUAGCUUAUGGAUACACUUAUAAUCAAUCAGCUUUCUCUAAUAUUACACGUUUUCUAGAUGAACAUGGCAUGAUACAAUUAGAUUUUUAUCCACCUAAAGAUGAUAUUUCUGUUCCACUUAAUAUUGAGGCACAAUAUUUAAAUUUACAUGAGUGGUUUUCCAGUACAAAUCAAGUCAUGUCACGUAGUAAUGAAUAUAUACAAGCCAUUUUAAAAACCGAAAAUCCUAUGGUAAAUCGCGACAUUGAGAUCGAAGUUAAUUCCACAACUCCGCUUAAAUAUCUAAGUUACGAAGUACUUGGUCGUGGUGAUAUUUUAGAUGCAGGUUCUGUAUAUGGACAAGAUAAACAUAAUAUAAAAUUUAAAUUUUUGGCCACAUAUGUUAUGGCACCUACAGCACAUGUAAUUGUAUAUUACAUUCGAGAUGAUGGGGAAGUUAUUGCAGAUACAUUAAAUGUGGAACUUGAAGGAACAUUACAAAAUUUUGUUGACAUUAAAGUGAUGCCAGAAGAAGUUGAGCCAGGAAAGGAUGUCACUUUGACAAUUUCUUCAAAACCAAAUUCAUAUUUAGGAAUAUUAGGUGUGGAUCAACGGUCUCUUCUUCUAAAAUCAGGAAAUGAUAUUUCUUAUGAACAAGUGGUAAAAGAAUUAAAAUCAUAUGAUAUGAUUGAAGAAUUUCCAAAUUCAAAUUUCGACUUUCAUCGUUCGUUCUGGAGACCUAGAUCAGCAGGUACAGCUGAUGAUGUAUUUCAGAACACUGGUGCUGCAAUUCUUACAAAUGGAUAUCUUUAUGAAUAUUUAUCACCAAGAUACCCAGGAAAUUGGGAAGGUAGGCUAGAAGGCUCGUCUCAUGGAGCGUCUACGCUUCGACCAGAUCUUGGUCCGCCCGUAACGCUCAGAUUAGCAACAAGGCCACCAUUGGCAGGUCCUUAUGCCUUCUCUCGCAUCCCACCUCCCGUUUGGAAUAAGCCCCGUGUAUUCCUUAUGCAUGACAUCUCAAACACCUGGCUUUUCACAAAUUUCUCUUCAGGGAUCAAAGGAGAAACAGAAUUUCGACGUGUUGUACCAGACUCCAUAACAUCAUGGGUGCUUACAGCAUUCUCUUUAAGUGAUGUACAUGGAUUAGGUCUCAUUAAAGAACCAAGAAAGCUAAAAGUUUUUAGACCCUUCUUUAUUUCUAUGGAUUUGCCUUAUUCUGUAAUAAGAGGAGAGAUCGUAGCGAUACAAAUCGUGGUAUUUAAUUAUAUGAAUAAAAAUGUGGUAUCUGAUGUACUAUUAGAAAAUACUGGACAAUUCGAAUUUGCAGAAAUUUCAAACGAAGUUCAUGAUACACCAAAGUUAGAAUUAUAUCGCAAGAAGAAAGUAGAAAUUAAAGCUAAUUCUGGUGCAAGUGUAUCUUUUAUGAUUAUUCCAAGAGAAUUAGGGUAUAUAACAAUCAAGGCUACAGCACAUAGUGUAUUAGCAGGGGAUAGUGUCGAACACAAAUUACUUGUAAAGGCUGAGGGUGAAACACAAUAUGUGAAUAAGGCAGUAUUUUUAGAUUUAAGAAAUACAAGAAGUAUACAAACGAAUAUUACAAUUGAGAUGCCUAAAAAUAUAGUAGUAGAUUCAGAACAUAUUGUAAUAUCUGCAGUAGGUGAUAUCUUGGGCCCUAGUAUACCUAAUUUAGCAAAUUUGAUUAAAAUGCCAUUUGGAUGUGGAGAACAAAAUAUGUUAAAUUUUGUGCCUAAUAUUGUUAUAUUAAAUUAUCUGAAGAGCACAAAUCAAUUAAAACAAGCUAUACAAGCUAAAGCAUUGAAAUAUUUAGAAAUUGGUUAUCAACAAGAAUUGACAUAUAAACAUGAUGAUGGAUCAUUCAGUGCAUUCGGCAUGUCUGAUUCUAAUGGAAGUACAUGGCUUACUGCAUUUGUAGCUAAAUCAUUUAGGCAAGCAACAGAAUAUAUAACUAUCGAUAACAAAGUAAUAGACGAAGCUCUGCAAUGGUUAUCCAAUAAUCAAGCUGAAAAUGGUAGUUUUCCUGAAGUAGGAAGAGUCAGUCAUCGUGAUAUGCAAGGUGGAGCUGCAAAAGGCCUCGCAUUAACUGCAUUUACACUUAUUGCCUUUCUUGAAAAUCCAGAUGCAAUAGAAAAAUAUAGAAAUAAUAUAAAUAGAGGUGUUGAUUAUAUAGUCAGAAACAUGGAUGGAUUAGACGAUCCAUAUGCUUUAAGUAUAUGCACAUACGUGUUAAAUUUGGCAAAACAUCCAUACGAGACUAAUGCAUUUUAUGUAUUACAAUCCAAAGCUCUGACAGAAGAUGAUAUUAAAUGGUGGAGUAAACCAAUUGCAAAAGAUGAUAAAAAUCCAUGGCAUUCUUUACCUAGUUCUGUAGAUGUAGAAAUGACAUCUUAUGCGUUACUUACGUACUUACGGAGGAAUUUAGUUGCUGAGUCUAUACCCAUAAUGAAAUGGUUGGUGAAACAAAGAAAUUCAGAAGGUGGUUUUGCAUCGACGCAAGAUACUGUGAUAGGUAUAUAUGCGUUAGCACAAUUAGGUGAAAAAUUAAUGGUAAAAGACAAUUCUAUUUUUCUAACAUUAGUCUAUGAAGGAGGACAAAAUCAAUUGAAUAUAAAUUCUCGUAAUUCUAUGAUACUUCAAAAACAAAUUCUUCCAAAAAAGACACGUUUCGUUAAUAUCACUGUCAAUGGUAAUGGAUUCGCCAUAGUUCAAGUAUCAUACGAAUAUAAUUUGAACGUAACUGGUGCUUGGCCGCUAUUUACUUUAGAUCCUCAGGUAGAUCGAAACUCUAAUGCUAAUCAUUUGCAACUAUCUAUUUGUUCUGGAUUUGUACCAACAAAGGAAGCUAAUGAAAGUAACAUGGCUGUUAUGGAAAUUAGUUUGCCAUCAGGUUUUACAGUUGAUAGGGAUUCUCUACCUAGUCUUGAAGUAUCGCAAAAUGUUAAAAGAGUAGAAACUAAAAAUGGCGAUACAAUGGUUGUUUUGUAUUUUGAUAAGAUGGUUAUUCAUGAGUAUUGUCCUACUGUAUCUGCAUAUAGGACACAUAAAGUAGCUAAACAAAAACCAGUACCUGUUUCUAUAUAUGAUUAUUAUGAUUCAUCGAGAAGAGCACGAGUUUUUUAUGAACCACGAGUUGCAUCACUUUGUGAUAUAUGCGAAGAUGAAGAAUGUGAAAAUGUUUGUCUCUCGCAACCUGAUAAAAGGAAAGAUAAUGCUAGUACAUCUGUUGCUCCAUCUUUCUGUAUAGAUGCAUACGUGAAAUUCUUGCUUGUUUUGUUUUCUGUUGCACUUUAUAAAUAUUUGUAAAUAUAGAUUUAGCGAGAACACAUUUAUACGUAAUAUUUACAAGUGACAUAACAUAAAUGUAUAAGUCAAUGUUUCUUAAAUUAUAUAUUCGUUAAAAAUAUCCAGUGCUUUUUUGGAUGGAAAUAUUUCUUUAUUUCUUAUUUUUUUUAUCUUCAGAAUUUAUAUGGAAAAAUCCAAAGAAAUAAACAUCAUCUUAUUUAAUAAAGAAAGCCAUGACAAUCAACUAAACUUACAAAGUUUGAGAAACAUUGAUAUAUAUAUUAUAUACUUUAUAUGUAAGUGCUGACCAAAGUACUUUUCAGAUUUACAAAACUUGCAAUUUUCAAAUUGCAGAGAUAAUAUCACCGUACAGACAAAGCAGAAUAGCUAAUGUAAGAAAUUAAUUUUUAAUUCAUUUAAAAAUAUAUUGUAAAACAUAUUACUAAAGUUACUGUUAUUAAUAUUA